UUCAUUUGCGCUCCCGGAAACAUAUAGCGAUGUUAACUUUUUAUGUCGGGUUAACACGGCUACCUUUUUUAAAAAUAAACGUUAUUCAUUUAUUUUUCCAGUGAGAUGUUUCUCACUGCUGCAAUGCGGUGUAUAAAUGGUUAGCACCAUGCUAAAACAUUUGGUUGUGCUCAUUGCUGCGGGUUUAGCCCUAUGGACGGCGCCUGAAUGGCUCACGUUGACUUUGUAUGGGAGCAGAUUCUCUGGCUGGCUGUUUCAGUCCUCUGUAGACGUUUCAGCAGACUCGGGAAGGCUGCUGAGUCAAGAUGAGCUCUCACUUUACAACGGGAGGGUAAACAGUAAAGGACUUUACCUCGCCAUUUUAGGACAGGUGUUUGAUGUUGAGAAGGGGCGCAAGCAUUACGGUCCUGACGGAGGUUAUCGUUUCUUUACAGGAAGAGAUGCGUCGAGGGCCUUUGUGACGGGUGAUUUCAAUGAGGCCGGGCUGUCGGAUGAUGUUUCAGACUUGUCCCCAUCUCAGAUAGCAGCACUCUAUGAUUGGCUGACUUUCUAUCAAAGGGACUACACACCAGUAGGCAGGCUGAUCGGCCGGUUCUACACUGAGAGUGGGCAGCCUACAGAGGCUUUGCGGCAGGUUGAGGCCUCCUUGGCUGAGGGGUUGAGACUGAAAACCCAGGCUGAGGAGGAGAACCAGCUGUAUCCAGCCUGUAACUCGGAGUGGAGCUCCACCAGCGGAGGGCGUGUAUGGUGCUCUACUAAAAGUGGUGGUGUUCACAGAGAUUGGGCUGGAGUUCCCAGAAGGCUCUUCUCACCCGGUUCAGGGAACACACGCUGUGUGUGCGUGCGACUAAACGAUCCAACGCGAGCAAAUAAUCCAAAUCUAAAGGAGUAUAAGGACUGUCCACCUCAUGCAGAGUCGUGCCUCCUUAGCCAAGACUGAGCUUCGUCAGAAUGUUUUUUUGGCCACAUUUUAUUUUGAUAGUCCCCUAUAGAUGAUCUACAGAUGCUUUGUUAAGAAAUGAUCUGAUGAAACUCAGUUCAUUAAUAUAUUUAGGGCUAGGUUUGUGUUUUGGGCUGAACUUAAGGUUAGGUUUAAAGUUAGAAUUAAUAGAAUAUAUUACAUUUGACUAAUCCAUUGAAUCUAUUUCAUUUGAUUUAAUUGUUAUUUAGUUGAAUGUUAGUUAAAGACAAGGUAUAAAGCCUCUACUGUGGACCCUCAAAAUAUAAUGUUAACUAUUUAACUUUCAUUUUUUGAAAUCAGUACUGUGAUUUUGAUUAUUGAAUCUGUGCUGAAUACUACAGAAUCUUGCUUACAGAUGAUUAACCAAGCAAGAGUAUCUCAUGAGGAUGAAGUGGAUAUUAAUGGGUAUACUUGGCUAUGUAAAGGGGCUACAUGUAAGAUAUGUCAAUUUCACUUGAUUAUUAAUUUCACACAUGAUUAUUUUAAGGCAGUGGUCACCAACCCUCCUCCUGGAGAUCUAAUUAAUCCACUUGUGUAAAGAAAGCGAAAGUCAAAGAAAAGUAAGUGGAAAAUAAAGGAGUUUCCUACUUUGCAGACCUGGUAGACCACCAAAACUGUCACCAUCAGAUAAACAGCACUUAAAGCUUUCAUCUUUGAGAGAGAGGAGAAAAUCAAGGUGCUUCAGAUCUGAAGAAAAUCUACAGGUGUCCAUCUUUCCAUUGUGAGAAGACUCAGUGCUAUGAGUCUGAAAGGAUGUGUAGCUGUCAAGAAGACCUUACUGAGAAAAAGAUGACGAAAAAUUCUCAGAUCUAACAAAUAAGCUGCCAGCAUUCUCAGAACAAUAGAUUGACCACCCCAGACCUCAGCAUCACUGAAUGUGUAUGGGAUUACUUGGAUUGUGAGAAGCAGAAAGUGCAACCAACUUCUAAGACUGAACUUUGGAGGUGUGAAACAAUAUCCCUGCAGCUUUCUUUGAAAAACUGAAGGCAAGUCUCCUAAAAAAUCUGGCAUCUGUGAAAAACAAAGAGUGGACACAUUAAAUGCUAAACAAUCUGACAUUUUAUUGUUGAAGCUUGUGCAAUUUCCUGUUAAAUACAUGUUUUGUGUUUUUUUUUCCUCUCACAGAUGUUCCAAUAAAUUGAUUUGUUAUUUUUCAAGAACUUACUUUUGCUUUAUUGAUUGUUUUAUUUUUAUUGUUUCUACUUGGAGAUCACUCAUUUUUCAUGCAAUUCCAUGUAUUUUAAUGAUGCAAUUUGCAUGAAAAGCAGUGCAGUUGUAUUAAAUCUACAUAUUUCCAUUUGCAAGUAAAA